AUGUUUACUCUACCACUCGAAAUUCAACUUCGGAUAUUAAAAUAUCUUAAUUUCAACGAAUUAUUCGCUGUUAAACAAACUAAUUCUUAUUUUUACAAUUUAAUUAGUAAAUAUGAGGGGGAAUUGGCACGAAUGAAAUUUUUCAACCUCUCAAUAGUAAAUAGGUAUUUAUUAAAUAACUUUUCAAUUUGUUAGAUUGAUGCAAACCAAAAGCUAGAUUCAUAUAAAUCUAUCGAUCUUCAAUCUGGAGCUUUUGAAUUUACCUUAAAUGAUGAACUUAGAAAGAAGUGGCAAACGGCAAUAGGCAAAUCAAUUCCGGUGUUUAUAGGCGAGUAUGAUAUAGAACCGCUUCUUUGUAUGGCUACAGCGGACAAUCAUUGUUGUUAUUAUCUUUUAAAAUUGCCAACAUUUCCAAUAAACAUUG